UUUUAGUGGCAAUGGUCAUCACUCACAACACCCAACAAUAAACCCUCACACCCCAUCACAUUCAAUUAUCACCAAAUAAUCCAUAACGCGUGAAUUUUAUCAUGGUUACCAUUCAUCAUGCGUCAAAUUUUGUAGGUGGCGGUGGAAUUUGUGUUUGUUCCAGGUGUGGAACAUGGCUAUCACGGAGGAAAACCUUACCACCCCCAGUCCCCUAAGCAUUAUUAUAUAAGUUUUGGAGUCUUGGUUUAUCUAUCAUCUCCUAUCAUUCAUUCCUCCUUAAAUCUUCAACACCAGCUAGUAACAAUGCUCUUGUCUAAACCAGAAUCAGUCUUAGUUGUUGCUCUUGUCAUACAUCUAAUUGGAGCCGUCUAUGGUUCUAGUGCUACUUCAGACCAACUUGCAUUACUCGAAAUCAAAUCCAAGAUUACAGAUGACCCUCAAGGUGCUUUGACAUCUUGGAAUGAUUCCCUUCCUUUUUGCCAGUGGAGAGGAGUGACCUGUGGUCGCCGCCACCGAAGAGUCACAAUGUUGGAUCUACGAAACUCGGGUUUGGUAGGUUCUUUAUCUCCUUAUAUUGGUAACAUGAGCUUCCUCCGUUACAUUUUCCUUUACAACAACACACUUCAUGGAAGUAUACCCCCUGAGAUAGGUCAUCUAUAUCGAUUAAAGGAAUUAUCCCUUUCCAAUAAUUCAUUCACUGGGGAAAUCCCAGCAAACAUGUCAAGCUGCCCAAAACUUAGAAAGCUUAACUUACAGUUCAAUAAGCUAUCUGGGAAGAUUCCAGAUACUUUUAGUUCUAAGUUAAUGAUAACUUAUAUGGGCUUAGCCAAGAAUGACCUCACUGGUGGGAUUCCACCAUCAAUAGGCAAUCUCACAUCUCUUGAAAUACUCUUUCUUACUUAUUGUCCACUAGGAGGGAUCAUUCCUGAUUCCUUCAAUCAAUUAAAAAACUUGCGAAAAAUAAGUCUAGGAGCGAAUGGCCUCGUUGGUGCCUUCCCUUCAUUUAUGUUUAACCUUUCCAUGUUAGAAGGUCUAGAUGUUGGAGAAAAUAAACUUCAAGGCAGUCUACCGUCCAACUUAUGUCUGACUCAGCCCCAUCUCACGUAUAUAGAAUUUGGAAUUAAUCACUUCAAUGGAUUCUUUCCACCGUCAAUAUCAAAUUGUUCAGAGUUGGAAACCCUUUCACUUUCUUUUAAUUAUUUAAAGGGGGAAAUAGCUACUAAUUUUGGAAGACUACAACAUCUUAAGCGACUGUAUCUUGCUGUCAACAAUUUUGGCAGCAAGGUUCUUGAUGACAUGAAUUUCUUUUCUUCUUUGUCCAACUGCACCAAUUUAGAAAGGUUGGAUAUUGGCGACAACCAAUUAGGAGGGGUGCUGCCAAAUUCACUUGGGAACUUCUCAUCCAAACUGUCACUUCUAGAGACAAGUCCAAACUAUCUCUCAGGUAGCAUCCCUUCAUCUAUAGGCAAUUUGUUAGGCCUAACCGCAGUUUCUCUAAGUUUAAACAGCUUCACAGGCUUCAUUCCUGAAAGCAUUGGCAAGCUUCAAAACUUGCAAGUACUAUAUCUUUCUGACAACCAUUUCUCUGGGGUUAUUCCAGGAUCUUUAGGAAACUUGUCACUUUUACUCAAAGUAGCAUUAGAUGGAAAUAGUUUCGAAGGCACUAUACCCUCAAGUAUUGGGAGUUGGAAAAAAGUGAUAGUUUUGGACCUUUAUGGAAAUAAACUAAGCGGGAGUGUACCUAAAGAGCUAUUCCAACUGACUUCACUUUCUAUAAAGCUAGAUCUGAGUCAAAACAAUUUGUCCGGAGUGCUUCCACAAGAGAUUAGCAAUCUAAAACUCUUAGAAAUACUUGAUUUUUCUAGGAAUCGUUUCAUAGGUGAACUUCCAAGUAGUUUAAGCAGCUGCACCAGUCUUGAAUACCUAGACCUUUCUAGUAAUCUCUUUUAUGGAUCAUUGCCGGGAUCAUUUAGUUCUUUGAAAGGUCUUGAAUAUGUUAUAUUGUCACGCAAUAACUUUUCGGGGCACAUUCCAACAUAUCUGCAACAAAUUCCCUUGAAGGGUCUAAAUCUUUCUUAUAAUAACUUUGAGGGUGAGGUACCUGUUAAAGGUGUUUUCGCCAACACAAGUGCAAUAUCCAUCAUAAGGAACACCAGACUUUGCGGGGGAAUACCUGAGCUUUACCUACCCAAAUGCACAAGCACAAGUAGCGACUCCAAAAGACAAACUCGAAAGAUUUCUGUUCGUGUUAUUGUCGCAAUUUCACUAUCUUCUACCGUUGCAGGUUUAGCUCUCUUCUCCUUUGUCUUGUUUUACUGUUGUAUAAAAAAGAAGAGAGAUAAACCAUCAGAAUUAAGACUGGCUGAAUCUUUUGAGAAGAUAUCAUAUGGAAGACUUUUCAAAGUGACGGAAGGGUUCUCUGCAGAAAAUCUGAUUGGUACAGGUAGCUUUGCUUCGGUUUACAAAGGAGUUUUUGAGGAAAACGGCAUCACUGUGGCAAUCAAAGUACUAAACCUUCUACGCCGAGGAGGUUUUAAGAGCUUUAUGGCUGAGUGUGAGGCCUUGAGAAACAUUCGUCACCGCAACCUGGUGAAGGUCAUAACGGCUUGCUCAAGUAUCGAUUUCCAAGGCAAUGAUUUCAAAGCUUUGGUGUACGAUUUCAUGCCUAAUGGGAAUCUGGAGAGCUGGUUGCAUUCUGUAGAUUGUACCUUAGAUCUUGUUCAAAGAAUCAGUAUCAUCAAAGAUGUGGCUUGUGCUCUUGAUUAUCUCCAUUGUCGUUGUGGAAAUGUUAUCGUUCAUUGUGAUUUGAAGCCGAGCAACAUAUUAUUGGAUGCGGAUAUGGUUGCUCAUGUUGGAGAUUUUGGUCUGGCGAAAAUACUUUCCCUUGAAGAAGGUUCUUAUGCAAAUGCGAGUAGCUCAAGUAUCAUUAGAGGAACCACUGGGUAUGCACCUCCAGAAUAUGGGCUUGGAAAUGAAGUGUCAACCAGUGGGGACAUGUAUAGCUAUGGGAUCCUAUUGUUAGAGAUGUUGACAGGGAAAAAACCUGUUGAUCCAAUGUUUGAAGGAGGGCUAGGCCUGCAUUCCUAUGCUAGGAGGGCCUUGGCUGAUGGUUGUAUGCUUCAGAUUGUGGAUCCAGUGCUUCUAAGUGAGGAUGUCAAUGAAAAUUGUUUAAUUUCACUGGUAAAAGUCGGUGUGCAAUGCUCUAACGAGUCUCCACAAGAUCGAAUGGAUAUUGGGACUGUUAUUCACAAGCUCUUCGGGACAACAUUUGCUAGUAGAUCUUGAUUUGUUAAACACCGACGAUGCAAGUGGUGUGACCUGAAAAGCUAGCUAGCUUUUGGUUUAAUAAUAUUGUAUUAAAUUGAUGUUUGGGGUGUGUGUGUGUGUGAGUGAACAUUACUUUAGUUUCUUAUCUAUACAAAUACUUGCUUUUUUGUUGGACAACCGAA